ACAGAGUGGAGACAUGGUGACCGGGGACGAGCCGGCCUGACAUCCCCGCAGCUCCUUGUCCAUUCAUUCUCCACCCUCUCUUGCUCUGAUGUUUACUGCCCUGCCGACCACUCACAUUUUCAGCUCCACACAGGGUGUGAUGGCAGACUGACCCGUGUCUGUGGUGUACACUUUCAACUGUCUUCUGCCUCUUUCAACCCUUCCCCAAACCUCUCCCCACGAUACCCUCCCCUACCACCCUUUCCCCUCAUCCCUCCCCUCUCACGCCUCUCAUUCCUCUUCCCCUCUCGCCCGUCCUUCCGCCCUAUCUUCCCCUCUCCGCCUCUCCCCUCCCUCCUCUUUCUCCUCUCCUCUUCCCACUCCCCUCUCUCAUCCCUCCCAACACCCUCUCACUGCACUCUCCCCUCUCCUCACCCUCUUUCCCCCUUCUCUCCGCUCUUUUCCCCAUCCUCUUUCCCUCCACCUUUAUCCCUCUCACCCUCUCCCUUUCCUCUCCCCUCCACCCCUCUGUCCUCCUUGCCCUCUCACCCUUUUCUCCUCUCCGCCACACCUCUCCCCUUCACUCCCUCCCUCCCCUGUCCUCCCACGCCCUCUCUCACCCUGUUCUCCCCUCUCCCUCAAUCACUUCACCCUCCUCUCGUCACUACCCCUCUCUCCCCAUCAGCCAUGGCCGUGACGUCAGAGAGCCAGCUGCCGGAGGUUGUGACCCCCCAGCCGACCCCCCGCCCGGCGGACAAGACCCCUGCCAGCCCCCUGAAGCCUGAGGCGAAUGGCCACGGGGUGAUGGAGCACCCCAGCACCUCUGCAGUACUGACGGACACACCCCUGCGGGCGGCCAGGACCGGCUCUGUCUCCCAGCUGACUCCCCCGGCCGGACAAAACUCGCCCCGCCCCAGCCUGUACCGUCCCGCCUCGCAGCAGACGGUGGAUGGAGUGGAGCUGCCGAAACCUCGUGACUACAUUUUCCUGGCUGCCCUCUCCUGCUUCUGCCCCAUCUGGCCUCUCAACAUUGUCGCCUUCGCCUAUUCCGUCAUGUCUAGGAACAGCUUCCAGAACGGAGAUGUUGAUGGAGCCCGGCGGCUGGGACGAGUGGCCAAGUUGCUGAGUGUCGUGGCACUUGUGGGAGGCCUGCUCAUCAUCGGAGCAUACUGUGUGAUUAAUUUCUCCAUCCUGCAGUGAGAUCGGAAGCCACAUACCCCAUCUCCGUGGAUUGAGACAGCUUUCCUGUGCCGCAUCGACUCACCAGGAUAGAAGCCUGCACGGAUCGGCUCAGCCAGAAUCUCCCCACCCCCUUCUCUGUCAUCUCCACACCUCUGGGGACCUCUGGGUUCACCUUGCAUGCCUAUGCAACCACCUUGAAAUGGGAGGGAGGGUCAGAGAUUCUCCCCAGACUGUGUUCUGAAUCCUCAGAAGGAGCCGUCCACAUGGUCUCCCCCCCACCCUAUUAUACCCCAUGGAAGGGUGCCGAGACACUACCCAUCGGGAUCUCACUCUCCUGGGUGCCCUGCCCCAGGGUGUGGAUAAUUGUGUCCUCAAGGCAGUGGGUUCUCCUGUGGGAAAUUUUAGCACAAUAACUACCCACUGUGCAGGAGGGGCAAUGUUUAACAAUGGUGGGGGAAGGAUGGGAUUAGGGUGAUUUUAAAAUGCCUGUAGGUCUCUACAUGGCUGGAAAUUCCCGACUCCGUGCCAACUGAAGUACCUGUUCCAGCCAGACCUACCUGUCUGAGUAUCUUAAAUGCUGUUCAUGUACCUGUCUCAACCACUUCCUCUGGCAGCUCGUUCCAUACACACACCAUCCUCUGGGUGAAAAAGUUGAUCGUCAUGUCCCUGUUAAAUCUUUUCCCUCUCAAUUUAAACCUGUCCCUCUGGUUCUUGAUUCCCCAACCCUGGGGAAACAGAAUGAGCUCUUUCACCCUAACUGAGCCCCUUCUGGUUUAAUUCACCUCUGUAAGGUCGCCUGUCAGUCUCCUACACUCCAGGGAAUAAAGUCCCAACCUGCCCACCCUCUUUCUGUAAUUCAGUCCCUUUAGUCCCAGCACCAACCUCGUCAUUCUCCUCUGCAUUCUUUCCAGCUUCAUGGCAUCUUUCCUGUAGAAAGGCUGAACACAAUAGCCCAAGUCCUGUACAACUGCAACGUGACCUCCCAACUCCUGUACUCAGUGCCCUGCCUGAUGAAGGCCAGGGCACUGCCCCAUCUACCUGUGUGCACACUGAGUCACAAACACAAGAGAUGCUGGAAAUAACAAGGGGAGUUGAGUUGAGUCUAGGAGCAAAGAGGUCCUUCUGCAGCUGUACAGGGCCCUGGUGAGACCCCACCUGGAGUAUUGUGUUCAGUUUUGGUGUCCAAAUUUGAGGAAGGACAUUCUUGCUAUUGAGGGAGUGCAGCGUAGGUUCACGAGGUUAAUUCCCGGGAUGAAGGGAUGGUCAUAUGUUGAAAGAUUGGAGCGACUGGGCUCGUAUACAUUGGAAUUUAGAAGGAUGAGAGGGGGCUGAUUGAAACAUAUAAAAUUAUUAAGGGAUUGGAUACACUAGAGGCAGGAAGCAUGUUCCCGAUGUUGGGGGAGUCCACAAUUUAAGAACAAGGGGUAGGCCAUUUAGAACGGAGUUCAGGAAAAACUUUUUCACCCAGAGAGUUGUGGAUUUGUGGAAUGCUCUGCCUCAGAAGGCAGUGGAGACCAAUUCUCUGGAUGCUUUCAAGAAAGAGUUGGAUAGAGCUCUUAAAGAUAGCGGAGUCAAGGGAUACGGGGAGAAGGCAGGAACGGGGUACUGACUGUGGAUGAUCAGCCAUGAUCACAUUGAAUGGCGGUGCUGGCUCGAAGGGCUGAAUGGCCUACUCCUGCACCUAUUUUCUAUUGUAAAUCUUGAACAACUCACAAAAUAAUGGACGAAUUCGGCAGGUCAGGCAAUGGGAAUUAACAGUUGACAUUUUGGAGCAAGACCCUUCUUCAGAACUGGAAAGGAAGGGGGCAUAAGCCAGGAUAAGAAGGUGGGUGGGGGGGAAGAGAGGAAAGAGUAUAAGCUAACAGGUGAUAGGUGAGUGGGGGGGUAGAUGAAGAAAGAAGCUGGGAGGUAAGAGGUGGAAGACAUGCAACUUCAGUUACUUUCGAGCCUUAACCCUGGAAAUCUCUUCUGGGGUAUGGGCAGGACCCGCUCAGGAGUUGGGAUGUCCCAUUCCAGCUUUCCAAGACUACAGCAAGGCUGGUCAAUGUGUACAGCCCUGAUCACCCAGCUAUACAAAAGGUGUAAUUAAGCUGGAGAGGAUGCAAAAAGAUUCUGGAAUGUGUUGUUGGGAUUGGGGGGCUGGAGCUUGGAGGAGAGACUAGACAGGCUAGGAAGUGUGUGUGUGUGUUCAAGGUUAUGAUUGCAACAAGACAGUUCAGUCUGGUGUUGACAAUUCCAUGUGCUGGUUCUGGUAGAUGAAGCGGUGAAGGUGGCGUUUGAUGAAUAACAUCCGAGAGAAUGUUUUCCAACUUCACAAACCUUGGUUGGAGUA